GUUUUCUCUUUGAUUUUUUUUUUUAAUUUGAGUUUGAACAAGUGAAAUUUAAUUAAAAGAGAGUAUUUGUUUUCUUUUGUUUUUGUCAUUUUAACAAGUUCCAUAAAGUGAACAAAGUCUUCUUUCACAUCUUUUUAUUCAAACUAUGGGAUAAUUUAGGAUUCCUCUUCAGCUCCAACUUCACUAAGCUUUUCUUAAUUUUUGUCUUCUUAUUAUGUUUUCUUUUUCCUUUUCUCUUUACUUUGAAUUAUUUGGCCAUAACCGGAAAAAAGAAAAUUGUUAAUUUUGUUUUCGGUACCAUCUUUUACUUUUGAUGAUUUCAAUAUGAUAUCAUCAUCACAUUCAGCUUUUGUUUGAAAAGACAUGAAUUCCCAUCUCAGUUUUCCUUUUUUGCAAAUGGGUUUGGAUUGGUUUCUUUUAUGAAGAUAGUUUCGGCUCAGUUUUUCAUGUUUGUCUCAUCUUGGUCUUAAAGUGUUUGUUCUAUUUUUAUGGUUUUCAUUAAGGUUUGAUUUUCUGUUUUCUGUUUGUUGAACAUGGAGGAGGUUGAAGAAGCAAACAAGGCUGCCGUUGAGAGCUGUUAUAGAGUUCUUGGUUUGUUGUCUCAGCAUAGAGAUCAUCAGCAAGUCCAGUACAGGAACUUGGCAGGCGAAACUGAUGAAGCUGUGUUUAGAUUCAAAAGAGUUGUGUCUCUUUUAAGCUCAAGUUUUGGUCAUGGAAGAAUCAGAAAGUUGAGGAAUAAGAAACUUUCUUCAUCUUUGCCUCAAAGUAUUUUCUUAGACAGUCCUAAUUACACACCAGUUUUUUCUCCAAAACCUCUCCAAAUAAUCCCAGCUGAUCCUAUGCACUCAUCUCCAAAGUUCCCUCUCCAAGCAAUACCAUCUCCACACGUUCACUUUAUGCAUCAUCAGCAACAGCUGCAAAGGUUGAGGUUUCAACAGCAUCAACAGAAAUAUCAAGCUGAUAUGAAUAUGCUGUACUCUAGCAGGAGUACCAACAGUGGCAUAAACCUCAAAUUUGAUGGCUCUAGUUGCACACCAACCAUGUCCUCAACUAAGUCACUAGUAUCAUCCUUGAGCUUAGAUGGAAGUGUUGCUAACUUUGAUGGAAAUUCUUUUCAAUUGAUUGGUGUGCCACAGCAUUCAAGUCAGAUCUCUCAACAGUCCAAGAGUACUAGGUGUUCUGGGAGGGGAGAGAAUGUGAAUAUGAAAUGUAGUACUGUUGGUAAAUGUCAUUGCUCAAAGAGGAGGAAACACAGGAUAAAGAGGUCAAUCAAGGUGCCUGCCAUCAGUAACAAGGUUGCAGAUAUUCCUCCUGAUGAGUAUUCAUGGAGGAAAUAUGGACAGAAACCUAUUAAGGGUUCUCCACAUCCGAGGGGAUACUACAAAUGUAGUACUGUGAGAGGCUGCCCUGCAAGAAAGCAUGUCGAGAGAUGCCCUGCCGACCCUUCAAUGCUAAUUGUAACCUAUGAAGGUGAGCACAACCAUUCCAGGUUACAGGCAUCACAAUCAGCCCAUACAUGACGCUGUAAUGCCAACAUCUCCAUCUUAUGACUAUCUAAACCAACCAAGAUUAGUUAAUCUGAAUUGUGAAUCUCUGGUGUAUAUAAUUUGUAGUUCAAGCUUGUGACAACAAAUGCUGGAGCUAAUUUCCAGUACUUAUCUAAAAGCUUUUUGGUUUUCUGUGUCUCUGCAAGUGGAGCCACAGAGGAGACAAAGCUAAAAGGCUCUUAUAUAUGUUAGGGAGGCUGAAAAAGCCAAAUUAUGUUCUUGUUUCUUUUCUUCAAGGGUUUUGAGUGAAUGUAAUGUUAUUAGUAUAAUAUUUAAAUUUCAGUUAUAUAAUGCAUGCUCUACUUCUA